GGGGGGGGAGGGAGGGGGAGGGGGAACAAGAGCUGCGCACCGGGCUCCGAUGCACAACCAAGCGAGCGGGGUGCGGAGGAGAGGCGCAGGCAAGGCCCGGCAGAAUAUAUGAAAAGAGAGGGGCUGUUUCCCUUUAGGUGGACUUCUCGAUCGCAUCCUUGAUCGCCUUGGCGAGGCCGGUGGCAUCCUUGUCGUUGAGGGUGCGCAGCAGGUAGCGAAUGGGGGCCGGCUUGCCGUCGUCACCGACCUUGAAGGUGACAAAGUCCACCGACUUGCCCGAAAGGGUGGCCGAGGACUCCUUGAGAACGGCAGCAUUCAGCAGCAGCUUGCCAGAGCCCUCCAUUCGGGCGACCAGGCGGUACUUGCCAUUGGCGCGGUGCUUGUUCAGCUUCAGGAAGCCGAUGCCCUGAUCGACCCAGGCCUUGUUGGCCAGCUCGAGCAGCUUGAAGCGCUCGACCUCGAAGACGGCAUCCUCGUCCUCCUCGCCGGCGCCGGUCUUGAUGAGCUCCUCAUUGGUGCGCGUGCACUCGGGCAGCGGGGCAUCGUCAUCCUCCUCGUCCUGGGCAGCAGCAGCGGCAGCGCCGGUGGCACCGGCCGCGCCGAAGGUCGGCGGAGUGAAGGUGAAGGCCGAGCUACCACCAGCACCGAAGGAACCGCCCGCGCCGCCUGAGAGGGGGGUGAAGUUGAAGCCACUGGCCGAGCCACCGGCCGGGGCGGGCGGGCUGAAGGUGAAGGUGCUGGACGAGAGGGACGGCUGCUUGGCGUCACCACCGGCCGGGGCCGGGGGGUUGAAGGUGAAGGCACUGCUGGCCCCGGAGCCGAAGGCCGGCGCGGCACCCUUGGCCCCGGGGGCGCUGCUGGUGGCGGUGCUCAGCGCGCCGAAGGUGGUGGCGCCAGAACCAAACUGGAAGCCACCGCUGUGCGGCGCAUCACCGGACGCCUUGAACACGAACUUCGAGUCCUUCGGGGCCGGCCCGUCAUCCUCAUCCUCAUCGGCAUCCUCAUCAUUGGACCCGGACCCGGACCCGGACUCGGACCCGGACUCGGACUCGGAACCCGAGCCAUCAUCACCCUCCUCGGCCUCGUCAAUGUAAUCGGCAUCCUCCUCGUCGUCGUCGUCGUCGUCAUCGUCGUGACCACCAUCGCUGCUGUCCUGCAUCUUGGAAGAGGGGGCCCCCGCACCAAAGCCGAAGCCACCGGCAGUCGACUUGGUGGCAGUGAAGCUGAAGCCGCCCGACAGCGGCUUGGUGGCAUCAAGGCUGGACCCACCGGAGACGGGCUUGGUCAUGCCAAACCCGAGGCCCUCGGAGGCCGGCUUGGCCGCGCCGAAGCUGAAACCGCUCGAGGUGGGCUUGGAAGCGGCGCCGGCAUCGCCGGCGGCCGAGGAGGCGGACCCGGACCCGGACCCGGACCCGGAGGGCAUACGAGCAAGCAUUUCCCGACGGUAGGUGCUAUACCGAUCGGCGAAGAAGGUCAGAUCGACAAAGGGAUCAUUGCUGAUGGCCUUAUUAAGGGUGGCCAUGGCGCUCUUGUUGAGGGCGCUCAGCUCAGAGAGGAUGCUCUCGACAGACGUGCUGGAAGUGGACCCGGCAGCGGGGCUGGCCAUGGUGGACGGAGUGGCCAACCCGAAAGAGAGGCCGGUAGCGGUAGAGCCAAAA